GUCACGCGGUAACGCUACGACAACAAGAAACGCAGACAGUCAAAGACAAGUCAGUGCUCACAGAGACGCGGUCGGUGCCAGAAGCUCGGAGUGAGGAGCAAAAUUUACCCAACUCUGUGACAAAAACACUUAAAGGACAGCUUCUGACUCUCGGCUUUGGAGGUUUUCUGGUCCGCCGUGGCACAUCUAGAGUCUGGAGGAAAUCAUCCUGGUGUCAAGCGGCAGUACGAGAGAGAAAGGAAACUCCAGGAGACAAGCUGGACAGAGCGGAGCAGAGGGAGGAGGGCGAAUGCCCAGAAUUCAUUUUGAGACACAGAGGGUGCAACAGUGACUGUGACAGCGGCAACAGCAGCAACUCCACCUCUGACAGCCAGGACACCAUGAGCCCAGGCAGUGGGACUGCGGUCAUUAGAAGAACGGUCCACCAUGAAGGAGACGAGAGGAAAGAGGAGGAGGAGAGGAGCCCAGACGAAGGCUUUAUGGGGAUGACACCGCUACUGCAGGCCCACCAUGCUAUGGAAAAGAUGGAGGAGUUUGUCCAUAAGAUGUGGGAAGGCCGGUGGCGUGUCAUCCCUCACGACGUGCUGCCUGAUUGGCUGAAGGACAACGACUUUCUCCUGCACGGACACAGGCCACCGAUGCCGUCCUUCAGAGCGUGCUUCAAGAGCAUCUUCAGAAUCCACACAGAGACGGGCAACAUCUGGACUCACCUUCUCGGUUGCCUGUUCUUCCUGUGUCUGGGGAUCGUGUACAUGUUCAGACCCAACAUGUCGUUCGUGGCACCGUUUCAGGAGAAGAUCGUGAUUGGCGCGUUCUUCUUGGGAGCCAUCCUCUGCCUGUCCUUCUCCUGGCUCUUCCACACAGUCUACUGCCAUUCAGAGGGCGUCUCUCGGGUGUUCUCAAAGUUGGACUACUCCGGCAUCGCGUUCCUGAUCAUGGGUAGUUUUGUGCCGUGGCUUUACUACUCCUUCUACUGCUCCCCGCAGCCCUGUGUAGUUUACUCGAUCGUGGUGUGUAUCCUGGGCCUCGCCGCCAUCACCGUCUCCCAGUGUGACUUCUUCGCCACGCCGCAGUACCGAGGAGUAAGAGCCGGUGUGUUUGUGGGCUUGGGCCUGAGUGGAGUCGUCCCCACGUUACACUUCGUAAUCUCCGAGGGCUUCCUCAGGGCCACCACUAUUGGUCAGAUGGGCUGGCUGUUCCUCAUGGCCACCCUUUACAUCACCGGAGCCUGCCUUUACGCUGCGCGCAUCCCUGAGAGAUUCUUCCCCGGCAAAUGUGACAUCUGGUUCCACUCGCACCAGCUGUUCCACAUCUUGGUUGUUGCGGGAGCGUUCGUGCACUUCCACGGCGUGUCCAACCUGCAGGAGCUGCGCUACACGGUGGGAGCCGGCUGUACCGCGGACGGCGCUCUGUGAGACCGCACUACACCACUAGGGGGAGACCGAGCUCUCCUUUUAUUACCACCACCGCCAGUAACGCCUCCUCCUCUCUCACCUGUCUCACUCCACUACCGAGGGCUGAACAAGAUCUUUCCUUCUGUUUGUUUUCCCGCUAAUUCCUUCUCUCCACCUCUUCUGCCCUCUUUAAUAAUAAAAAAAAAGGCAACACACGAUGCGAUUCAGUGGAGCUCGAGGGUGGACCGAGUCUGAAAUACUGAUUUACAGAGUUGUUUUUGAGAUCUGUAAACACACAUCUGACUUCAUGCUGUUUGCAUAUUAACUGGGCUAGGGGAGAAAAAAAAAAACAAAUUAAGUUGUGAAAUUUUGCCUUUAAAGGUGCAAAUGGUUUCAACUGUUAUAAACAUUGUUAUUAUUAAUGUAAAUAAGAUUUCUAAACCUGGGUUAUAUAGAUUUUUACAAAUGUUAAAUAAUAAUAAUAAUAAAAACAACAAAAAAAAAUCAUUAUAGUAUUGUUAAAUUGAGCAGAAAAGAUGCAAAAUGGGUGCAUCGAUUAGGAUCUUGGAGUCAGCAAAUUAACUGUGCACUUCUGAACCAAAUAAUAAGACUAAAGGACCGGAGAGAAACGGAUCGGACUGAACGAAGCGAUAUUCGCUGCUUCACGUGAACGUGCACAGCCAGGGUUUUUCUCAGACGCUGUGACAGUGUGUAUCUUUGGAGUGCCGAGUCUUCAGAAGUCCACGAGAAGCCACUGGGAGAGUUUUUCUGGCAAAGCCAUAAUCCUGACGUGCACCAGGUCCAACAUCUGGCCUUAAGAUAUCAUUUUCAGGCUCCCUCUUUUUUUUUUUUUUUUUUUUUUUUUCCUUUUUUCUCCACACAAGGAAUUUCUGCUUCUCUAUUUGGAUUAUAGCACCUCAGAUCACACGUUUUGAUUCAUAUUAUGGGAUGUUGAAGAUCCUGGCAUACAGAGAUGCUGAGAUGCAUCUCUGUGUGUGUGUGUGUGUGUGUGUGUGUGUGUGUGUACAUGCACACGUUUUAUUUCAUUGCUAAUGAUUCGCUGCUUUUUGCUUUAUUUAAUGAAAUGCAGUCUGUUUGGUCGGGACGCUUCUUUUAUUUCAUUCGAUUUGAUUGACUUUUUUUUUUUUUUUUUGCUUCGAAACUUUUUGCUCGCCUUUUCCGAAGGGCUUGUGGGUCAAGUGUUAGAGAUCCAUGAACGCAUCACACUGUGUUUCAUCUACUUAAGAGUAUUGCUACAGUCUGGGUUCGACCGCUCAGUGCGAGACGAGGCUCCUUCAGAGGACGUUUUAACAAGAUGGAGGGCCGUAACGGAGGCAUCGCACAGCCACCGUCCGUUUCUUAAAACGCUGCCUUACACGUCAGCUCGGGGAUCGACGUCAACGUCUUGGAACUUCAAUACAGGAUGAUCCUGUGGACUGCACACUCAUCCGUCUGUAAGAGACUUUGACAGUGUUAUCAGUGCAAACUGUCAGCGCCGUAGGGCCCUGAAUCCACCACCGACGCAAGGCCUUGAUUCACUGCGUAAUACGUUUAAUUCAUUUUUGAUGAGGUUGAUUUUCCUUCUUUUUUUUUGUUUUCGUUAUUCUUUUUAAUAUUAAUUUAUUAUUAAGGUGUGGGAGGUGCAUACUAUUUCUCGUCGAAGCACACACAGUGAAUUCGGAGCGUCUGCAGUAGAACCUUUUAUAUCUGCUGUAUUGUUUUAAUAAAAUGUUUUUGAAUUCUGA